AUGGUGCAAAUGCAUCGGACUCAGCAGCAGCAACGGCUGCUGCUGCUGCAGCAGCAGCAGCAGCAAGAACAGCAGCUGCAGCAGCAGCAGCAGCAGCGCCGGCAUCAUCAGCAGCAGCAGCAGCACCAGCUGCAGCAGCAGCAGCAGCAGCAACAGCAGCAGCAGCAGCAGCUUCUGAUCAGUCUCCAGCUAUACAGCAGCUUAAGCGAAAGAGGAAAAAUACAAGUGGCAGCAACAGCAGCAGCAACAUGGACAGCAGCAGCAGCAGCAACAGCAGCAGCAGCAGCAGCAGCAACAGCAGCAGCAGCAGCAGCAGCAGCAGCAAAGGAGAGAGGGUAUUUGCGUCUCCUUCUUCUCUUUCUAAUCCUUCAUCAGCAGGAGGAGACAAGCGGCUGCAGCAGAGGCGCAGCAGCAGCAGCCACAGCAGCAGCAGCAGCAGCAACAGCAGCAGCAGCAGCAGCAACAGCAGCAGCAGCAGCAGCAGCAGCAGCAGCAGCAUGA